AGUUGGCAGUUCUGCGUCAAAACAAAUUUAUCGAUAGCUCUGUAAAUCUGUUCCUAAAUUAUAAAUAAAAUAGAAUAAAAAUGAUCGGUAGGUUGUCUCUUUGGUACAAAGACAACGUUUCCAACGAGGUGGACUGUCUGGCCUGUCGUUUGGUCAGUGGAAUUGGUCUCCUUGGAAUCGGUGCAUAUCUGUUGGCACAAUCGAAGAAACGUCCCAAGCCCCUGGAGAAUUACACCAUGAAAAGCUUGGCAGCAGCCGUUGGUUUACUGGGCGUGGCCCGACUGGGGAAUGCGAAUUUCCUGAAAGCAACCGCCGAAGAACCGAAGGAGCAGGAAACGAAGACUUUAAAGAACCCCGCUGGUCAUCAGUUCUUUGCUAGACGUUAAUUUAAUAAGCUGGCGAAGGCUCUGGAUCUGGAGAAGGCGCAGGAUCCGCAUUGGCAGAUCCAGGGAAGGAUCGUUGGAGGAGACCACAUCGUUUCCCUUGUCAAAGGGAAAGGGUGUGCCCACAAUCGGCUUCCGACCCUUGGCGGCGGGCGAGAGGCGUUCGUGCACCACCCGGGCAACCGCCUCCAGCUGCAGCAGGUGGUUCGGGUGGUGCGGCACGUUCAGUUUGCUGGCCAGCAGACGCACUGCAUCCACAAACGCUUUUUCCUGAACUGUUGAUAAAAUUGAGAUUAAUACGGUUUACAUUUUGUACCCUUACUAACUAAAUUGGAUUUUUGUGUUAAAUUUAAGAGUAAAUGCAUAGAAUUAACCAUUUUGUGCAUGACAUUUUAACGUUUCUAAUUAAGUUAAAUUACAGAAAUGUCGAAACACCAUGAAAUAAAUUAAGAACUAUGGAAACCCUUAAA